CGACCCAUUCGUUCCCGAACCGAACGCACCCUCACCUCAGUGCCGCCCGCCGAUAUGCACGACACGGGCCUCUCCGCCCGCACUGCCGGUGCCUCCUCCUCGUCACCGGCCACCGACGCCGGAGACGACGUCGACGAGUCCAAGACCCGGAAGGCGCAGCCUGCCUUCGUCGCCGCGGCCUACGCCCGGCUCCACUCCCCUUACUACGCGGCCGCCUCCCUCCUCCUCCUCGCCGUCGCCGCCGCUGCCUUCCUCGCCGGCCGAGCUUAUCCCCGGACCGACUGCCCGCCGCUGCGCCUCGACGCUCGCUUCCUCUCCCUCCCCGACGCCGCCGCGGCCUCCGACUUCGGGUCCCUCGGCGUCCCCUCGUGCAGAUCCAAAACUGGGAAGACAGUGGAGUGGACUUCGAAAGAUUUACUUAAUGGACUGGAAGAAUUUGUGCCAAUCUAUCAGACACGCCCUAUCAGGAAUAACAUGUAUGGCAUGGGAUUUGACCACAGUUUUGGGCUUUGGUUUAUGGCUCGAUGGCUUAAGCCACACCUGAUGAUUGAGAGUGGUGCAUUCAAGGGGCACUCAACUUGGGUUUUGCGUCAGGCCAUGCCAACCACUAGGAUUAUAUCUCUCACACCCAGACACCCUGAGAAAUAUCUUAAGAAGGGACCUGCAUAUGUUGAUGGAAACUGCACUUACCUAGCUGGGAAGGGUUUUAUUGACUUUGGAAGUGUCAAUUGGGAAAAACUGUUGAGGCAGCAUGGCAUUUCUGAUCUCAGCAAGGUGCUUGUUUUCUUUGAUGACCACCAAAGUGAGCUGAAGAGGUUAAAGCAAGCACACAAAGCUGGAUUCCAGCAUCUCAUAUUUGAGGACAACUAUGACACUGGUACAGGCGACCAUUAUUCCUUGAGACAGAUAUGCGACCAAUCACACAUCAGAGGUGGUGGACAUAGCUGCUUCUGGGAUAGUGACGAAGCAAGAUUAAGGUUGAAACGGAAGAAGUUUUGGGAGAAGGCUGUGGAAAUAGAUGAACUAUGUGGAAAGGAUGAUGCAUGGUGGGGUGUCAGAGGCUACAUGCGUGACAAUUUCAACCAUAGCAAUGAGGCCAUCUCACACAAAGAGCAUUUCCAGAACAGCAGGCUUGUUGAAUCUGUGUUGGAUCUGUAUUGGGAACUACCUCCUGUUGCUGGCCCGUCCUUGACUCACCAAACAAGGUAUGAUCCAGCCCGCGCAUCUGAUCCUAUCAUUGAAGAUGGACGCCAUGGCUUGUUCCAAAGAAUUGGCCUAGCUAGAUUCGACUCCUCCGUGUUCAACGGUUACACUCAGAUGGCAUACGUUCAGAUAUCAGACUCAAUGCUGAGAAGGGAAGGAUGAUUGAAGGCUUUGUUUCACGGGCUUAGUUUUACGCUAACUGAACAGUCAUCUGUUGGUAGGUUUUUGUGUAAGGUUUGCACACGGUCUUGAAUUCUCACCUUAAUUCAGUAUAUCUUGUGGCACUUUGCAGAGGUUAUAAAACCAAUGCAAGUUCUCGUUUCA